AUGAUCUCUAUUUCCUACAAGACCCGCACCACAUGUUUCCUACAAGAUCCAACGUAGGCAUCCGCACAAGACUCAACGUACUGUACAGACACAGAAUCAUCAGAGAAAGAGAGACACAUGAGUGUGGAUAACAAGCCAAAAGCAAUAAUAGUAGGAGGAAGCAUAGCGGGAUUAUCAUGUGCGCACGCCCUCAUUUCAGCAGGAUGGAAUGUUCUUGUGCUUGAGAAAUCAAUCUCGCCUCCUAAGGGCAGCUCAACUGGUGCUGGAAUUGGACUUGACCUUCUUUCUCAGCAGAUCAUCAAGUCAUGGCUUUCCCAAUCUCAGCCUUUUGAAGAACUCAGCUUUCCUCUCACUAUUGAUCAGAAUGUUGUAACAGAUGGAGAUAACACCAUUAGGAUAUUGACAAGAGAUGAGAAGUUCACUUUUAGAGCUGCACAUUGGGCUGAUCUCCAUGGCCUUCUGUACAGUGAUUUACCACAUGAAAUAUUUUUGUGGGGUCACUUGUGCCUUUCUUUCUAUGUUUCCGAAGACAAGACCUCCGUUAAUGUUAAGGCUAAAGCUCUUCAAACUGAUGAGAUUAUAGAGAUAAACGGGGACUUGCUUGUUGCAGCAGAUGGGAGUCUCUCUUCAAUUCGCAGAACUUUUCUUCCUGACCUGAAACUGAGGUAUUCUGGUAACUGUGCUUGGAGAGGGGUGGUUGAUUUUUCAGGAAAAGAGACAUCAGAAACUAUUAUAGGCCUUAGAAAGGUGUAUCCUGAUCUUGGGAACUGCUCAUACUUUCACCUCACUACUGGAAGUCAUAUUGUGCUUUAUGAACUUCGCAAUCAAAAGCUUAAUUGGGUUUGGUAUGUUCAUCAUCCAGAGCCUGAACUGAAGGGAAAUUCAGUUACCAUGAAAGUAAGCAGCGACAUGAUAAACAAUAUGUACCAAGAAGCAGAGAAGGUUUGGCCUCCAGAGUUUGCGGAACUGAUUAAAGAGACAAAGGAGCCUUUUCUAAAUUUUAUAUAUGACUGCGAUCCUCUACAGCAGAUUGUUUGGGAAAAUGUGGUAGUAAUUGGAGAUGCUGCACAUCCGACAACUCCUCAUGGCGCGAGAAGCACAAAUAUGGCAAUUGCAGAUGCUGCGGUAUUGGGUAAAUGUCUUGGGAAGUGGGGAGUGGAAAAUCUGCAUUCAGCACUUGAAGAAUAUCAGCAUCUUCGGCUAACAGUCAGCUCAAAGCAGACUAUUUUGCCUUUAUAUUGUAACUCUCACCAUCUUUUCCAAUCUAGAGAAUAAAUUCUAGGUUUCUUUACUUCUUUUCCAACUUGAGCUUCUAAUAUGAGAGAGGUUAAGAGAACAAAGCUAUAAAAUUCAGAUUCAGUAAA